AUGGUCCAGGACAACGUGGAAGAAAGUUUCCGUCAAGCGAUAGCGCAGUUCAAUGCUUCAAAGUUAGGCGACGGUAGUGAUGACACUGGUGGUGGGGCUGAGACUUGCACGAGUGACAAAAGUAGUGCGGAACUUCUUGACGACUAUCUGAUACAUGUCGCUCGCACUGGCAAGACGUUGUUUGAGUGGUUGUUCAUUAGGCCGCUGUUCAUCAGCCGGCUAGAGCGCGCAAUGCUCGAGAUGGCUGUCAAUGCACCAAUGCGCAACACGGACGAUAAGUCGUAUUUGGAGUGCAGGGAACGGGUUCUGAAACGCGUCCGCGAAUUUCAGGGUAUUCCAUUCACAAUACAGCGCAUGUGCGAACUGAUCACCUCACCAAAGAAGCAUUAUUUUCGCGUCGACAAAUACUACCGAGCUCUGGAGAAGAAUAUCUGCAUUGUUAGCACCAUCGGUCCGAACGAGGAGAGAGAGACCGAGCUCGAGUAUCAUGUUGUGAAUGGUAUUGCCACUACAGGUGAAAGUGAUGAAAACUUGAAGAAACACGGUACACCUCGCGUUGCCAGCAACAGUCCAUCCGCGAUGGCGACUGCUGAUUUGUCAGAGGGCGGCGAUACGAAGGCUCAUUUGGUCUCUACAGCCGAAACCGCAACCACGGUCGCAGUCGUACCUCAGGUUGCAACAUCGUCCUAUGGCAACGGCACGCCAAUGCCGAGCAUUGAGGCCCUCUGGAACAGUACGAUGACUUCCUCUACCUGCAAUACGAUCAGAAACAACAGUGUUGCUCCAUUGAGUCCGCUGGAGAUAGCAACGAAUGUCAACAGCCCUUCUGACACAUCCCUCGAAAGCCUUUGCCCGUCGAUCAGCCACUCGAUGAUCGACGCUGACGAAGACAUCCUUUCGAAGGAGUCGUAUUGGAUCGGGAGCGCGUCUUCGUUGCCAGAAAUUACGUCUAGCAGUGCUCAGAACAAACACAGUGAACCUGCUGCAAAUGGUAGCGGCAGCAGUAGCUCGCUGCCGUCGGUAGAGAUCGCGUUCGGCAGUUACGCUCAUUCGUCGGUGCUGACCGCCCAAGCGCAGCCGGUGGACGACGACAACCGUUUCGCUCCGUUCAUUCAAAAAGUUGAAGAACAAGUACCGCCGCUGUCCCCGCAGGCAGUAACGCAGUCAAGUUCGGCUCUUACCGAUGCUUUGCCUCCUGUCGACAAAGCCGAGCCUCCACGGGAGAACGCUGCUAUAGUCGCCUCGAACGCCUCUCCAAACGGUUCAGCAACUGACAGGACAAAAGCAAUCGCCGAAUUUGACAGUGACUGCUUGACCUGA